AUGGCUGGAAACGCUGGAGUCGGGAAAACUUGCCUCGUUCGUCGUUUCACACAGGGUCUAUUUCCUCCUGGACAAGGAGCAACCAUUGGUGUGGAUUUUAUGAUAAAAUCUGUGGACAUCGAUGGAGAGAAGAUAAAGCUUCAAAUUUGGGAUACUGCAGGGCAGGAGAGAUUUCGGUCCAUCACACAAAGCUAUUACAGGUCUGCACAUGCAUUGAUUUUGGUAUUUGAUGUCAGUUCACAGCCUUCCUUUGACUGCCUCCCCACUUGGCUCAAGGAAAUUGAGCAGUAUGCAAGUCCGAAAGUCCUUCGUGUCCUAGUUGGGAAUAAGAUUGAUAGAGAUGACAUCGAAGUCCCCACUGCUGUGGGAGAAGAAUUUGCACAGAGAAAUUCCAUGUACUAUUUGGAGACAUCAGCCAAGGAAUCUGACAAUGUUGAACGGCUCUUCAUGGAGAUUGCAACUGAGCUCACCCAAGAUGCAAAAUCCAAUGAACUGUCCAAGUACAGUAGAGGAGAAAGAAUCAUGCCUGCAUCUUCUGAAGCUGUGAGCAGAAGUCCAUCAUCAUGUUGCCCUAGGUUAUCUUGACUGAUGUUCAUUGCUGCCUUCUUUCCGUGUUGUUUUUGAUUUAGCAGGAGGCUCUUCAUCUUACUGUUUGAGUUCCAUGUUUGAUAUCACUUAAAUACUCUUUUUGCAGAAAUGUACCCCUUUCCCACCUCAUACAUGACAUCUUUGGAAUAGCGGUACUCAUUUGAUGGGUUAUGAAAUAUGGAUAUGUAUUGCACCUUCAGGUUCUGAAGGACUCUCAUGAACGAACCAACUUCUGUCUUUCAUUGAGUGGGAUGUCAUUUGAGAGCCCUUGAUGAUCUCAGGCUGCAAUAUGCAUUUCUGAGAUUUCACUAUUUUUAAUAAUCUCAGUAACAACCUAUUUUGCUCUUAAAGACUACUUAUAAAUUCCUUUCCAAAAUGCCUCCAUGAUGCAACAUGUUCUGUUUGUGACACUUGUGUGUCUAUAAUGCUGAUGAUUCCUAUUUUGGUCUUUCAAUCUGGAAUUGGAAGAUAUGCAACUGCAGGAUCUCAUAGGCCUAUGAGUCAUGAAAAGCUUUCCACUCAAAUUCUUCAUUUAUCUUGCAGAUAAUCAUGUAUGAACUUGGUUCAGAAAUGCUUAACUGUCUCUGUUUCUUGUAUUCUUUCAGUGAUUAUUUUUCUAUGCAAAGCAUAGAGAACAUUCAGGUUUUUUGCACAAUUUCAUUGAAUCAGCUUUUCAUGCUAACAUAUUCCUAUUCCACCAGAAGAGGCAGCUACCCCUUCUCUACAAGAGUCUAUAAUAACUCAUGUUCUUCUUUCAUGGAAUUCAUGAAAUCUGCCAUGUCAGAUGCAUCUGAUUUCUUUGUUAAUUUUUUUUGUACUGGUAUUUAAUGGUACUUGCACUUGUAUUUGUCAGUCACUAGUUCUUGAGAAGAACAGUUGUAAGGUUUGCAGCUUGAGGUCAAAAAAGCCACUAGUCUUGUGCAGUUUCAGUUUUCUUCUCCAAAAGAAAGUUUGGGUAAAAAUAACAUUCCAGGCC